AGGUAUGCGGUGAUCGCAUAUGGAACGCAAGAUGCGCUCGUAUGAAGAAUCAGGGACAUUGUAACAAUCAUGAAACAAUCGACGAGAUGAAAAUGAACUGUGCGUGGACGUGUGGAUACUGUGAUGCCGAGAAAGGUUCUGACGACAAGCUUAUUGAAGAAACAGAGCAGGAGCAGGAGCAGGAGCAGGAGCAGGAGCAGGAGCAGGAGCAGGAGCAGGAGCAGGAGCAGCAAAAUAAGGAGGAAGAAACCAAAGGAAAUACUGUUCCAAGUUCACAAACAAACGCUCCAACAUGUGGUCGUUCAAUUGUUGCUUCUUCCCGCGUCAUCGCCGGCACAGAUGCAUCACUAGGGGAGUGGCCAUGGCAGGCCUGGUUACACAUUAAAGAGACUGGUUUUACCUGCGGAGGUUCGCUCAUUGCACCGAGAUGGGUACUGACCGCUGCUCAUUGUAUACUAGAACCCGAGCCCGCGAUGUACCGUGUGUAUUUAGGUGACGUCAAACAUAAUAAAAAGGAGGGUUCGGAGCAGAUUUUUGAGGUUGAUAAGAUAAUUGUACAUGAGAAUUAUGACAAACCUGUUCCUAUAAACAACGAUGUCACUUUGCUCAAACUGUCAAAACCAGCCAGGAUCAACGCAUUGGUGAACACGGUUUGUCUGCCGAGUCCUCAUGAAAUGGUACCACUUAAGACCAAGUGCUAUAUCACAGGUUGGGGUAUGACGUCACACCCAGGUAACUCCAGCACAGUCCUCCAACAAGCCCCCAUGCCAGUAGCGCCCAGUACUCUAUGCCAAACCGGCGUUCUUAACGAAGCGCACGUCAUAACUCCCGGUAUGCUCUGCGCCGGCGAUAAAGGAAAAACAAAGAUCAGCGGUUGCUUUGGUGACAGCGGAGGCCCGUUCGUGUGCCGGAAUGCCAUUGGUCAGUGGGUACAGCAGGGCGUGGUAAGCUGGGGUGGACCUUCGUGUAACUCGUCCAAUCACUUCACCAUAUUUGCACGUGUCAGCAUGUAUAGGGACUGGAUCGAGAAAACUAUUCAAGAAAACCAAAAAUAAACUGGAACAAUCCUAUGUUAAAAGACCAUAAAAACUAAUCUAAUAUAAUGAUAUUUAGACUAGUAUCAUGUUUCUGCGACCCAAGCAGCUUCAGAUGCCAGUUUUCUUGUAUUUUUGCUACCGCCAAUCAAAUUUACUUUCACAGGACGAUUAAUUAUUUAAGGCAGGGGCUUAGAAAGGAAAACAGAAAAAAUGCAUUUUUCUACGAUCCCCAUUAGAAUGACCAGAAUUUUUUCGCGACCGGCCCCUGUAUGCUUCUAGCAUUUUAACGUACUCCUUAUGAAUAACUCAUCAAGGACCCCAUCUUCUCACCCAGUCCCCUCUUCCUUUCCGAUAAAUGAUGAAUAGUGAUGAUGAUGAUAAUGAUAAUGAUGAUGAUGAUGAUAUAAAAUCAAAAACGCAGACGUCUAGACUUGUGGCAGUCACAGAGACAUGAAAACGUAAAAAAUUAAAACUUGUUUGAAACAAUAAAACAUAUCUAUGGUUUGGUCGAUGAGAGAAACUGUAGCUUACUUUAAAGUACAGGCAUUAAACGUUUAAAAAAUUCA